AUGGCUAGUCCAACCGCCGCGUCCGAACCCAAAAUACCAUACCAAGAAACAAGUACUGCUAUUGACAUAGAACAUGUUCCAGUUACCGACGACCCCCGUCAGUGGAGUCUUGCUAGAAAGACGACAACCUUGUGCAUUGUGUCGCUGGCUACAAUGGUGUCUACGAUAGCUUCUAACAUUCAAAACCCGUCGAACUCUCUGAUAGAGGAGGCUCUGCAUGCAACAAGCAAUCAGAUUAGCUGGACAUUAGCGGCGUUCCCAAUCGUACAAGGGAACCUUCCUCUAUUAUGGAGUGCCGCAAGCGAAAUCAAAGGCCGUAAGCCUGUCUAUUUGGUGUCAUCCGCCUUGUUUGUGGUAGGAAGUGCUGUCUUGGCAUUUUCAAAGACUAUUGAAGUGAUGAUCGUUAUGCGAACACUUCAAGCUGCAGGAUCAAGCGCUGCCAUUUCUAUUUCAGCUGCGACUCUAGCUGAUAUCUACGACACUCACGAGCGAGGGACUAGGAUGGGCAUCUUCUAUGCCGCACCUCUCUUAGGACCUGCCCUAGGCCCUAUACUCGGCGGGUCGUUGUCACAGGUCUUCAACUGGCGCGCGAGUUUCUACUUCUUGUUAAUUUGUGGAGUAGUCACCUUCUUGUCCUUCCUCAUCCUGUUCAAGGACACAUUUAGACAUGAGCGAAGUCUCAUGUAUCGCUCUGCUUUCCAACGUCUAGCUGCCUCCAAAGAACCCGUCCAGAGUUCAAACGAAUCUAUCAGCACCACGCAAGACUCCAGCAUACCUGUCAGGGACAUCGAAAAACAGCCUCAGCCUCAAUACGCUCCAGACGCGACCCCAGUGCUGAUUCCUACUCCAGGGCUGGAGAAUUUGAGAUUAUCAAUACAUGAUAUCAACCCCUUUCCACCAUACUUUCGAAUAUUGUCGCGAAAGAACAACGUUUUCAUUCUCAUCGCUAAUGGCCUCAUCUACGGAUUCAGCUAUUGCCUUUCAUACACGUGUGCCCGCACUCUUGCCAAUAAAUAUGGUUACCAUGCGUUCGACACUGGCUUUGUCUUGCUUUGCCUGGGCAUAGGAAGUAUCGCUGGGAGUGUGAUUGGUGGCCAUUGGUCCGACCGGGUGCUUGCGAGAAAGAAAGCAGCGAGCGGAGGAAAGUGGUCCGCAGAAAUGCGCCUAGAAAGUUCGAAACUAGCGAUGCUGUGGUUACCUCCGUCCGUUGUCGGUUAUGCCUGGGUGUGCGAAAAGCACGUCAAUGUCGCCGUCAUUUGCAUCAUGCUAGUUCUUAUUGGAUUCACCUCCAUAUGGAUGUAUAGCAGUACGUUAGCAUACCUCGUUGACGCUAACCCAGGUCGCUCGAGCACAGCGGUUGCCACAAACAGCUCGUUCCGAGGAUUUCUUGCUUUUCUUUCGAUUAUGACCGCCGUACCGCUUCAAGAUGCUUUAGGAGAUGGGGGAUUAUAUACGGCGUGGGCUGGUAUCUUGGUUGUGAUGGAGUUGAUGGUUAUGUUGGUGCUACACAAGGGAGAAUUGUGGCGUAGGGAAAGUGAGGAGCGUGAGCGUGAAAUACUACGUGAAUAAAUCAUCACGAUCAGAUUUACUAGAAAGAUGUGCUGACAUUAGAGGCUGAAUUGACACUAUGUUAUAUACAUUGUCAGGGGGUGAUUACAUUUU